AUGCUCACGAUGCAGCGUGCGUCUUGGGAACAGGGAGUGGCAGCUCAAGCGUUAUUGGAGUACGAACACUACGUCGCGAGAUAUCCAAAGCAAGAUCUACUCCCAAAGUUGCAGGUAGAUCCUAUGGUUUAUCUUUAUGGAAUGGCCCAUGAGGCCUGCUUACGAGCUUCCGUUGAUGGACGAUUAGCCACUCGGGUCAACUCGGACGAUGAAGGCAGUGAUGGAGGUGCACUAGACCCUGCAUGCGUCGGAGAAGCUGGUAUUUUCGUUUUGGAGCACAUUCUUGCCUCGAGUGACAGCACCGCUGAGCCAAUGAGAAAGGCCAUAGACGAUAUGAUGAAUUAUCUUCUCGUCAAAGCUCCCAGGAUGGAGAUUCGCGAAGGAGACAUACCCGAGAACCUCUUGCCAAAAGACCAUGAUCAGGGUGUAUUAUCCCAUACAAAGUCACACAAGAACCCGCAGUUAUGGAUUGACGGUGUUUACAUGGCACCAACAUUCAUGGUGUCCUAUGCACUUUCAGAUCUUGAAAGGUUUGAAGGAGCAGAUUCUACUCAACGAACAAGUUGGUGGCAAUAUCUCGACUCCGCGUUGGAUCAAGUGAUACUUUAUUUCCACUUUCUUCGAUUGCCAUCUGGACUACUUGGCCAUAUCUAUGAUUGCAAUGCCCGUGCAUUCUCUGUGGACAUUCGUCCUGGCAUGAACGGUAGCAAAGCAUGGGGUGUGGGGAACGGUUGGGCAUUGGGAAGUAUUGUGCGGAUACUAAAUGCUCUAGAUAGAUUUUUCGAACAACGUUGCACCCAGGAAACCACAGUGAGAACUGCGUUCCUUCGUUGGCUAGAGAAGGUCGAUACCUCGAAGCGACUAGGCUCAGUGGCAGGCUUGUUGACAUAUACACUCCCCAUUAUCCUCUCAUACAAUGACCUUACAUCAACCGAGGGCCUCUUUCAUAAUAUUAUCGAUGACCCUUCUACCUUUGUCGAGACUAACCUCGCCCAGAUGAUAUCUGCUACCAUCUUCCGGCUCCUUCAGCUUCUCAAAAAUGGUUCACUCGUAAAGAGAUACUUUUCCGAUCUUGAUGACGCGUGGAAAGAGAUCAUGGCUGCAAAGGCAGAGUCGCUAAGAAAUUCAGCGGUGGCAAAGGUCGACAAAUGGGGCAUGGUCAGAGGUACUUGUAGCAGUCCGAGGUUUGACAGACCAGGUACAGCUACAGAAGGUCAAGCUUGGGCAAUCCUCAUGGAAGUGGGCAGAGCGGAGUUUAUAAUGGCGUCUUCGUAG